AUGUCGAAAGCAGCGAGUGGAUUUGUUGUCUUCCUUCUCUCUGUGUCAGUGGUACAGGGUCAGAAUGACUGGGGAGUGACUUACACUUCUACUCAGAUCUGUGUCUUAAAAGGAUCAACAGUGGACAUAAACUGCACCUACAGAUACCCAUCCAGAAUAAAUGACCAUGAUACUGAAGUUGAGGGAACAUUCUGGUUCACUAAAUUGAGUAAUAAUGAACCUGUGGAUCUGGGAACAGACUCAGAGUAUGCAGGUCGUGUGCAGUAUCACUGUGAUAAGAACAACUGCACUCUGAGAAUCACAGACCUGAGAGAGAGCGACUCAGCUGAGUACAAGUUCAGGUUCAUAACAAACCAACCGGGAGGGAGAUUUACUGGUUCACCUGGAGUCACUUUGACUGUCACAGAUUUCCAGGUGCAGGUGAGCGGAUCAGUAUUCUAUCCUACCUGGAGAGAGCUGACGUGUCACAGCAGUUGUCAUCUACUUGAUGGUUCUUCCUACAUCUGGUACACGAAUGGACAGGAAAUUCAGAAUGCAACAUCUUCUACUUAUAAAAAGUACUUUUCUCCUGAAGACAGCUAUUCCUGUGCAUUAAAAGGAUUUGAGCAUCAUCCCGCUCCUUCAGUGUGUGAGUUUACAACACAGUCUCUGUUCAACCACGUCUAGUGGAGCC